AACCUCCCUGUGUUGGUUGGCAGAUGUUUACUGCAGGCCCAAAGAAGAGGACAUGACGGGUUAUUCAGCUAACUAGCUAGCACCUGACAUUGCUGACUUGGAUAGUUGAUUAUCUUACCAACAAGCCAAGUAGUUCGUGAACUUUAAAGGUGUUCUCAGGCUCUGUCUAAAGUCCUACUGUCUGACUCCUGUCUCGCCCAUGGUGAUAAGAGAACAGACUAAACAUGGCCUGCGUCGAGGAGCCGCCUGAGAAACACUGUUGGGUGUGUUUUGCCACCGAAAAAGAGGACCGUGUUGCCGAGUGGGUGAGCCCCUGCAGGUGUAAGGGCUGUACCAAGUGGAUUCACCAGACCUGUCUGCAGCGAUGGCUUGACGAGAAGCAGAAGGGGAACAGCGGAGGAGCGGUCAGCUGCCCCCAAUGUGGCACCGAGUACAGCAUCAUGUUCCCUAAGAUGGGCCCGCUGGUGUACUUCCUCCAGCAGGCAGACAGAGCUCUGUCCCGGGCCAGUCCAUUCGCCGCCGCCGGGGUCGUCGUGGGAACCGUCUACUGGUCCGCUGUAACAUACGGAGCUGUGACUGUCAUGCAGGUGGUGGGUCACAAGAAGGGACUGGAUGUGAUGGAACGAGCCGACCCUCUGUUCCUUCUGAUGGGCUUGCCUACCAUCCCCGUCAUGCUGGUCCUGGGUAAGAUGAUCCGCUGGGAAGACUACCUGCUGAGGCUGUGGCAGAGACAUUCCUCUAAACUCCAGCUGCUCCUGUCAGGUAUAGGGCGGCCCUUGCCUCGCGUGCCGGCGGAUGGAGGGAGCGGCGGGGAUCACCUCUCCGUGUCCCGCACCCUGUGCGGAGCGCUCGUCUUCCCCUCCAUCGCCAGUCUAGUUGGGCGGCUCCUGUUUCGUCGCGUGCCCUCCAGUCUCCAGCGGACCGUACUGGGCGGUAUCGCGUUUGUGGCGAUGAAGGGAGUGCUGAAGGUGUAUUUCAAACAGCAGCAGUACCUCAUUCAGGCCAAUAGGCACAUUCUUAACUACCCUGAGAGAGAUCAGGAAAGAGAGGGGGAAGAACAGAGUGAAGGAGGAGAGGAAGACACGGAAGACAGCGGAAACGAGUAACAGUGACACCUCGAACAAACCUAACUGUGAGACAGGGAAGUCAUUGUCACUGUCAUAGUUAUAGGGUGGCCCUUUUAUGCAAUAGUAUAUGGAAAACCCGCUUUUAUCUGGGAGAGAUAUGAAAGGGAGGUAGCUCUCAGUUGAGACUUGGGUAGUGGCUAAAGCCUUCCUUUUCUCAUGCAAUCCCAGAUCAAGAACCUCCCAAAUGCACAUGCACACACACACACACACACAUACUCAACCAAUCAGAGUACAACUUGUAUUCAUUCUCAGACCUGGGUUGCACUCGCUUGCAUAUUUUGUAUUAAGUAAAACUUUUCAAACUUCAGGACUUCGGGACAAUGAAUUGUAUUUUCGGUUUGUGCCUCCUAAUCACAUUGUAAGAUAUUCAUCCAGUCACGAUUGUGUGUGUUUGUACAUUGUAAAGCUUAUAUUGCGUCACUGAACAAUUAGCCUCAAUAAACUUUAUUUGAUUGUU